GCGCGGGAGGGAGUGCGCAGGCGCGGAGAGGGCGGGGCGAGCCCGCAUGGCCCGAGGGUCCCGGAUGAGGAAGUGCGGGGGGCGGGGAACCAUAGAGACGCGGAGGCGGUGGCCGGAGCGCCCGGUCUCGGGCCCAGGUGGAGCUGGCGGCGGCGGCGGCGGCGGCGGCGGCGGCGGCGGCGGCGGCGGCGGAGGCGGGGCCGAGGCCGGGCGGUGGAUAGCGGGCCGCGGGGCGUCCGGGGUGACCGGUCUGCGUCCUGGCCCCACACCGGCCCUCAUGCUGUCGUCUGGAGCAGAGACUCAGUCCUCCAUGGCCUCGGUGGGGCAGGAGCUGUGCUCGGAGCCCCUGGGGGGCGGCUGCCUGGAGCCCAGCACAGGCCCUCUGAGACAGAGCAGGACCCACGCGGAGAGCCAGGAGCGCCCCUUGGACCUCGUGGCGGGGCCUGGCACAGUGGCACCUGUGGCCUCUGGGGUUCCUGGAAGGGGAGAGAGAGCCGUGAGCACGCGGGAACAGGUGUGCAGACAUGCCGGGGACCAGGAGGAUGUGGAGCGAGACCCCUGUGGGGCAGCUGGGGAGGACCCACGUCAGCCCAGAGUUACCAGGGCCGGCGCCAGCCCAGGCCAGGAGGCCCUCCCGACCCCCGCCAGCCAGGCCCCUCCGCCCACGGACCGCCCAGGAGAGCGUCCUCGGAGCACAGGAGAUGCGCAGACGGCCAUGGACACUCCGCCGGAAUCUGCUGAAGACGGACGAGCCGUGAAGGCCCCGGGGCCCGAGUCUGGCCUUGUGGGUGCAGGUCUCUCUGCCACGACCAGCCCAGACGCCGACACGACUGUGUUCGUGGAGCCUUUGACCUCUGUGGGCCCAGGAGUCGCUGGAGCAGCCGCUAGAGAGAACGAGCAUGAAGACGUGAGAACUCGUCCUCCUCACAUGCCGCGCUGUCGGGGGGACAGAGCUGCUCCCGGGCCGGAGUCCGGGAAGGAAGGACCGUGUGAGCCGACUCCUGCCUGUGUGGCAGACGACAGACACCCACAGGACACCCACACGGCCGUGCCCGGCAGCCCCGGGCCCACGCGUAGGGCUGCCGCUGGAGGAGCCUUAGCAGAAAGCCCAGAAGCGCCCCGCAUCGUGUCCAGUCUGCGGGGCCCCGCGCACCUGGCACCAUCUCCUGACGUCAAUGGUUUGCCAGCAGCACCCUUCACCGGGCGCGCACACAGCCUCCACCCAGGCGGGGACAGUCAGGGCGAGAACCAGGCUCCUCGGGAAGGGAGCGCGCAGCCUUCAGCCUCGGCCCCGGCCCCGGCCCCAGGGGAAGAGUCUGCAGGCUCUCCUACCGUGCACACCCACAGCGCCCUCGCAGCAGCAGGCAGCUCCAGCUCCAGGGCUCUGUCUCCGGCCCCUGUCCCCGAAGCCGCUGCACUCGCCUUAGAGAGAAAGGAGUCGGAGCGCCUGGGAGACCGCCCAGGCGACUGGGGAGCCAAACCGAGCGGCCCCUCGAGGCAGAGGCCGAAGCAGAGGCAGGAGUCCGCACGGACGCCCCCGGGGCCGCUCGGCCUGUCGAGUGACACAGUCGACAGGGAAGGCUCCCCGGUCAGCACCCAGCGGACUCUGGACAGCAGCACUGUCUCACAAGGAAUGUCCGGUGAUGGAUUUCUGAUGGAAGAGAAAUCCCUCUCGGGCUUGGCGCAGGCGGGCCGGGCCGGUCCCGACAACGAGGCGUCGAAAGCCACAGAGGGUCCCGCUCACUCACCACCCCUCCCCGAAACCGGUUGCAGAUCUGCCUCGGAAACGGCAGCCGAGACACCACCGCCGGCCACUGCCCCGCGCUGGGGCGCACAGAACCCCGGCAGCGCCCACCUGGUGAGUGGGCUUCCUCUUGAGGCCGGGCCGGUCGCUAGGGGACCGGUCGCUAGGGAACGUGCUCUCGGUCAGGUGGCCCUUGACGCUCCAGGCCCCGCGAGGCUGCCGCUCAGCACAGAGUCGCCUUCAACUGCCAGCGACGGCUCCCAGCAGAGCCACCGCCCCCCGCUGAAGGCUGGGGCGGGUGUCCCGGCCGUGCCCCACACCGGUCCCACAGAGACGCACGUGGAUGCCGUCUGGCCCACGGGUGACCGGGCUCGCGGCACCUCUGACGGCCCCAUGAGCCUUGAGAAGGCCGGUGAGGGGGCAGGCGUGGGGACAGGAGAGCCGCCUUCCAGGCUCCUCUCCCUCGCGUCUCAGGGCCUCGCCCGCUGCGGCGUCAGAGCACUCACGCCCGAGGGGGGCACGGGUACCGCUCCUGCGCCUGGCGGCCACGUCCCAGCUCUUGACUCUUUGAUGACCGUGCGUGGAGAUGUGGGUCAGCGGAGCAAGCCCGGCUCCCGGGGAAGAGAAGUCGUGGAGAGCCGCAGCCAUCCGGCUGCCGAGAAGCCGAGGAGACAGGAGCCUGCCGGGAGAGACGGUCCAGGCAGCCUUCCCCGAGACAGCGCGGCUCCCGACGCUGCUGGUCACUGCGCCCUUCACGCCCCUCCUGGGGAGGGGGGGGCUGGGGCCUGUGUGUGUGUCGCUUCCGAGGGCAUCGCCAGUGGACUCGGCCAGGCCACGGGCAUUCCGGCUCCCGCCCUCGCACUCCCCGGUCUGGAAGACACCGACCGGGCAGGCGAAACCCUCACCAGGAAGGCUGGGGAGGCACUCUGCCGGCAGGAGAGCCCGCGCGUGGGGGACCGUGGAGGGGAAGCCAAGUCCCCCGGAGACACUCGAGACAGCGACCCUCCGUCCCGGGGUCGUCCAGAGACAGGCGCCUCUGACGGCCCUGCUGGUCAGGACCGGCCCCCGGACGGCUCAGUGGACGGUGACCGCCCACCCGCAGAAGGCAAGUGGGACACUGGAGUGACCCCCAAUACCCUGUGCGGCGCCCCGACACAGAGCGUGAGGCUGGCCGCCACGCCGGUGGGUGCGAGGGGCCCGGGCUCGCUUCUCCCUGCUGCUCCUCCCUCCUCGGCUGCUGCUCCUGAGCCAGAGGAGCCCUGCGGGCACGAGGCUUGUCAGCCAGCACUGUGCCAGGAGGCGGAUGCUCACCCCGACCCAUGUGCCCAGGGGCCGUGGCCUGCGGGCGGUGAGCCUACCGGCCCCCUCGGGGAAGGCUUGGUGCGGGUAGCAUCUGGGGGUCCCAGGAUGCCGCCUCGGGGCCAGGACGAGGCAGGAGGCCUCCUACGCGUCUCAGGCUCCAGCGGGGUGCUGCCCGUGAAACUGCCUUCUCCAGAAAAUUCCCGGACCCACCGUGAUGGCGAAGACACGGACCUGAAAGGGUGUUUCAGACCAAAAGGGGGCAAGACAGACCGGGAGGGUGUGAGGAAGGAAGGGGGGCCCUGGCAGGUAGGGGCUCCUGAAGAGGGAGACGGCGCAGGUGGGCCCGUGGGAGUCGUGCCAGGAACCAACAAAUUGAGAAGAGAGGACAUGGGACCCCCACGGGCUGGGUCAGACAGUCGGGGCGAGGACCUAGGAGGGGUCCCCCCAGAGCUGCAGGAGGCCAGGGCAGGCGGGCAGCCAGGAAGUGCGCUGCUGGCCACCCUGAGUUCACUGGCCGAGGUGCGCUUGGGGAGCCGGCCAGGAGAGCACGGCAAGCUGAGGGCCUUCACCCCGACUCCCGUCUCCUUACAUGGCCUCCAUCCUCCUGAGGCGGAGGCCAGGACCUGCCGCCACAGUGCCUCUCUCGAAACUCGGGGCGCCUGCUCUAGGGGCACAGAGGCUUCCUACGGUGCCUUCGGAAGCACCUCACAGCAGAAGGGAGUGCUCCCCUCCAAGAAGCAGCCCCCCCGGACAUGUAAGAAGCUGCCCUGCCCGGCACACGCAGCCCUGGGCGGGAGUGGGAGAGCCAGCCAGCCACAUGGCCCCGCCUUAGCCACGAGCCCCCCGGAGCCCAUACCCACUCGGGCGCACUGCUGUCUCAGCGCGCACCCCGCCGGCAGCGCCACCCCGGUCCCCGCGCCCGCCCGCGGCCCUGCCAGCCCCUUACCAAAGCAGAUGGCGCCCUCCCACCAGCCGCCGUGCAGCCCCGGUGCCAGCCAGCCAACCAAAGAAUCCGCCUUACUGCACCGGUUGUCCGUCCUGGCCUCCAGGCUGGCCCCGGUCCCUGGGCCCCCGACACCCCAGGCUCGACGAGGGUCCACACAGCUGCUGCCCACGGGCUGUGCGCGGCCCCUCUACGGGCAGCUGCUGGGCGGCUCGGCCCCCCGUGUCCCCCCGCUGGCCCUGUGCCUGGUGGCUGGGAGGGGCGCCCAGCAGCCGGGCACCGGCCACUGGACGCUGUGUUCUCUCGAGGCGGUCAGAGUCGGCCUGAGCGUGGGCGCUCCGAUGCUGCCCUUGGCUUCCAAGCUGUCCCUGCUGCCCUUCCCUGGGAAGCCCGGCCCCCCGGCUGUGGCCGAGUCCCCCCGGACAUUCCCUGAGCACUGUGCCCCCGCCCGGCUCGGCCUCGGGGGGUCACCCUCGUGCCUGUCCCCUCCCUGCUCGGCUCUCCUGCCAUGCGGCAGCCCUGGGACAACCUCCUCAGGGGACGGCUCGGGCUCCCCCCUGGAGUCCAGGGCCGCUGCCGUGGUCCCCACUGGGGCCGGCUGCUCCGUCCUCGGCCUUCACACGCUGCUCGCACUUUGCUCCCCUGGCUGCUACCGCAUCUGGACCAAGAAACGCGGCCUCUGCAGCCCGCUGCUGGCCACACCCCGGCUGCUGUUCACCCAGUUUGCACAGGGCCUCGGAGGGCUCCGGGUACCGGCCUCCCUGGCCGGCGAGCUCCUCUGCUCUCUGCCCCGCUCUCUGGGCCGGGUACUGGCCACCUGGAGCCGCCACGGGCCCUCCCCCUGCUCCUGGGCCGUCCCUGCGCUCCACUCCACGCACGGCAAGCUGCCGCCCCUGGACCCCAUGGGCAGCUGCACCGCGCUACCGUACGUGCCUCCCCCGGGCGUGGAAGCCGCGUGCGCCGCCAGCGAGGGGCAGAGGCUGGAGCCGGCCUUCCCCACCCUGCUACCAAAGUCCUACCUAGUGAGAGACCCGGCCGUCAGCCAGCUCCUGCUCUCAGCUUCCGACUUCCCGGCUCCCAAGCUCCUUGAACCGGACAGCGUGAACGCAGCCUGCCCCCCGGCCCAGAGCAGCGCCCCCCAGGAGGAAGAGGAGAAGGCUGAGCCCGAGAAAAGGCCAAAGAAAGUCUCCCAGAUUCGCAUCCGGAAAAGCAUUCCCAAGCCAGACCCCAACCUCACACCCAUGGGCCUGCCUCGACCCAAAAGGUUGAAGAAAAAGGAGUUCAGCCUAGAGGAGAUUUACACCAACAAGAACUACAAGUCUCCCCCUGCGAGCAGAUGCCUAGAGACCAUCUUUGAGGAGCCCAAGGAGCGCAACGGCGCCCUCAUCUCCGUGAGCCAGCAGAAGCGGAAGCGGGUGCUGGAAUUCCAGGACUUCACGGUCCCCCGGAAGCGGCGGGCGCGAGGCAGGGUCACGGCGGCCGGCAGCUUCACCAGGGCCCAGAAGGCGGCGCUGCAGAGCCAAGAGCUGGACGGGCUUCUGAUCCAGAAGCUCAUGGACCUGGAGGCCUUCCUGGCCAAGGAGGAAGAGGCAGAGGGGGAGCAGCCCGCCGGCUGCUGAGGACGCGUGGCUUGGGGGGCUCACGCUUCGCGAGAGGUAGCCCACUUACCCCUCCCGCCCUAACCUCCCGGCACUUGGGCCAUGAUUUUUUUUAACCUUUUUUUGAGGUGCAACCUUUUUAGGAACUGGCAAAGGAGGGUCUUCUGCUUGUACUGCUGAGCUAGAACCUCAGGAACGCCCCUUCUCCCCAGCGGCCGAGCAGAGCCGACUCGCCCCCGGGGCCGGGGUACCGUCCUCGGAAACACUAGGACUCCACGGGCCGGGGGCUCUGCACGUCCCGAGACAUUCCACGUGGUCUAGGUGGUGCUAGCCCGGGGGUCUGUGGCACGGCCUCGGGUCCCGUCCAGGUCCACAGUGGAGGGAGAUGGGCUGGGAUGGUGGCCAGACCCCAGACCCUGGGGCUGUGUGUGCGUCUGUGUCUGUGUGUCUCUCCACCUUCGUUGCCUCCCCUGUGACCUCAGGUCACCAGUGCCAGAGGAGUCCUCCAGGCCCCGUUCUAACUAAGUUGCACUUUUUAAUGUUGUGGUGUUGACUAGUUUCAUCCUUUUUUUUUUUUUAACUAUUAUUGCUGCAUGUUUGGAGCCUUUAAAUGUGAUUUUAAACCCAGUUUUUAAAGACACCACAAGAAAGACGAUACAGGCCUUUGGGAUGGGAGGUGGGCACUGGCCCACCCCCCAGGCCGCAGGACAGGACUCCCCUCCCCCUGCGCGCGGCCGAGCCAGCGUCGGUCGUCCCGUCAGCAUGGCGGCGCUGAGGCCGGGCGUGUGUGGCGGCUUUUGCUGGAGGGACGGGGAGGGACGCGGCCCCGCAGCUCCCUGGCCCGCCCACUCAGGGGCUUCUGUGCGGAACCUACUGGAACUUUUCUAGAUGCCGAGCCCGUGAGGGCGGCCGUCUGAGCCUGGGGCCGGGAGCCCGGGCCUCACGCCUUUCCUGGGCCUGAGGGCCCCUGGCUCCCCCUGCUCUGAGCCUCGGCGCAGAGACCCAGCAUUCCCCGGCACAGGUGGGGAACAGAAG